AUGAAACACGUAAAAUGCAAUCUCACUGUUGCCCAAUGCCACUCUAAGGGCAAAAACUUGAAUUAUUGCGGUCGUCAGAAGCCCUGUCUGAACGGAGGUAUUUGCACGAACACCAACAUUACAUCCCAACCAUUCCAAUGCACCUGUCCACGAGGCUGGACUGGUGAAACUUGUGAGAAAAGAUUGAAAGCCUGUGACUUACAUCCCUGCAAACGUGGACACUGUCGGGAGACGAUUGAUGAUGGAUUCGACUGCGUUUGCGAACCAGGAUGGCGUGGAGAGCUUUGUGAUCAGAGUAAGUCCAUUCUUAAAAUUUUGAUUUGCAUUAAUUUAAUAGUUUAA